AUGACGUUGGCCCCAGAGCUCGCUCCUGAAGUCUUCCACGUCAUUGAUUGGAGUGGCGUCCAACGAUUUUUCGGCUUAAAGAUUGGAAAUCUCAACCCUGCAAACAAGAUGGUGUUGACCAGCCACACGGACCCAGGUUCGGAUGAUGCAAUUACAAUGGCUGAUAGGCAAGACUGUUGA